AUGUGUGUCCAAAUUGGUAACGGGUUUGUUGAUCCAGACCCGGUUGUUUAUCCAUCCACCACAGUGCUCAUCCCAUUGCCAAGAAAACCCUUGAGCUCGCAAACUCAAAUUUAUCACCCACUUGAGUACAGUCCACCUCCCCGUUCAUGUCUAAUCAUUCGUAAGGCUAAAAGAUUAACUACAGGACUUCAUGUAGGUAUUGGUGCAGCUAUUUCUGUUGCAGUUCUGUUUCUUAUCGUUACAGUUUUAUUGUGGCUUCGAAGAAAGAAGAUGAAAAGAAUGGUGAUGAAGAAUAACAAUGUUGUAUCAAAAGAUAUUGCUAACGCCGUGUCAAUAAUAGACUGCCCAUUGAAGAUAUUUCUGGUUAAGGAAAUAAAAGAGGCGACUAAAUAUUUCAGCUCAGAGUGCAGGAUACAAGGAUCAGUGUAUAAGGGAAUAAUCGGCGAAAAUGUGUCUGCUAUCAAGAAGAUAAGUAAGGAUAUGUCACAGGAAGUUAACAUACUGCACAAACUCAAUCAUGUCAAUAUUAUAAGCCUCCAUGGAAUUUGUACAGGAGAAGAAAACUGCUAUUUAGUCUAUGAAUUCAUGGAGAACGGGUCUCUGAAGGAUUGGCUCAAGAAUCCUAAUCGAUCUGGGCUCUUGAAGUGGACCCAAAAGGUUCAGAUUGCUCUGGACAUCGCUAAUGGGCUCGAUUACAUACACAACUUCACAUAUCCGCCAUAUAUUCACAAGGAUAUAACGAGCAGUAAUGUUCUCCUUAACGGGAAAUUGAGAGCUAAAAUAACAAAUUUUAUACUGGCAAGAUCAUUAGACUGUAGAAAGUUUGGUUCCUACUUAACAAAGAAUGUUGAGGGUACUCUCGGUUAUAUGGCAUCUGAGUUCAUAGAAUCUGGACUCAUAACUCCGAAACUUGAUGUAUAUGCAUUUGGGGUAGUUAUAUCGGAACUUAUUACAGGAAAGAAAGCUAUAAAUGUAAGCAAAGGGAGAGAAGAACUGUUAUCGGAAUCGAUAGUUUCCAUUGUAGAAGGAAACAAUGCAGAUCGAGAGCUUAUGGGCUUCAUGGAGUCUACUAUGAGAAGCAUAAGCCAAAAAACUAAUUUAAUAGCACAUCAAUUUUGGGUAGCAAACACAUAAUAAAGGCACAAAAUAAUAUAAAAACAGUAAUUGGUUGGUGUAAUAAUUCACAUGUCGCUAAUAAUAUAACAAGAAUUAUUGCUUAUUCUCAACUUGUCUACCUUUUUCAAACCCAAAAAACUACCUGAUUUAUUGCUUAUUCUACCUUGUUCAUGUGCUUCAUUUAUUCAU